AUGUCCUCCUUGCGAGAACUUCACUUCGUCGCGGAGUCGGGUGAUGAUUUGGCCCCGCUUUUAGCAGCUCGAGAUCAACCCAUCUUCCCCUCUCUCCGCAAACUUUCCCCGGGCAAUUCUGAUCAGCACAGUGGCGCUCUCAUCCCUUCGUGCACUGCCGUACUAGAGAAAAUUCAUUCGGGUGUGCUACAGGAUGCCAGCCUCGAUGUCGUGGCUGCAUCGUCAUCUCCCAUGCGCCAGAACCUUUUAUCUGCUCUGCAUGUACGUCGGCUGACUCUUCAAAAACUUUGCUUUACUGAAGCAUCAUCAUGGACCGGCCAACGGCAUUCCUUAAAUGUCAACGAUGUCCUCGAGGACGACGACAUAACUCCCCUUCUAUCACUCGCCACCCUCACUCAUUUGCGACUUUCGUAUAUCCGUCUACAUGAUAUGAGCGACACGAUGCUGAUUCGGAUGGCAGCUAGCUGGCCCGCGCUGAAAAGCUUGAAGAUCGGCACCUACCUCGGCUGGAGACAGAGAUCGCGUGUGACGUUCGACGGGCUCGCAGGACUGAUCCAGUUUUGUCCGGAGCUGCAUGAACUCACGCUCGCUAUGGACAUCUCGCGAAACAGUCUGGAUCUAGAACAUGAUGAGGUUGCGCAGAAUCAGCACAUAACCACGGUCGACCUCCUGGACUCUGCGAUUGUCGCGACGGAGGAUGGAGAUGCGCUCGACAGUGCUGCAUGGUCCCUUGCGGCGCUCCUGCCUAGGCUUGAACGCAUCGUCCCCUCCCGACCACUCUGGCAGCUGCCUCCAGAUAGACGUCCAUUAGUCAACGAUCCCGCACAAGCGUGCUGGGAGGCCAUCCGGCGCGAGAUAGGUACAUUGCGCUCUCCCAGACGACAAGUUGCGAGCAGAUAUGAUGGUCGGCGACGUAUCCCUUUUGUGGGCCUGCGCCGUAUACGCCCAGGAAAUGAAGCUGGACUGAAGGCGUGGGUUCACUACGAAGGAAUUCGAGGUGCAGGUAAUUGGAGGCGAAUAGACGAUUCAAAUUGUGACCAGGUCGCUGCGCCGCGGCAGAGAGUCGCGUUAGUCUCUUAG